AUGGCCACUCCCGACCCCACAACCAACCCAACCCCCGGGCACCAUCACACCUUCAACCAAGCCUGCCGCCUCGCCCCCGUCCAAGAGCCACCACCCCCCAAAGGCCUCGAAGGCAUCCCACCGAUCCGCGCCCAGUUCUUCUACGCCUCGCACAUCCCCAUCGACGACCCGCUCUCGGCAGCCACCACUAUCGUAGGCGGCGGCGGCGGCGUCGGCAGCGGCGCCGCCGCUGGUGGCGCCGACUCGAAGCUCUCCAAGCUGCCGCUGCGGCCCUUCUCCGCCGGCGACAACGCCGCGCUCGAGCGCGCCUGGCUCUCCCUCGCCUCGGACCGCGACCGCCGCAACCACGAGCUGGCCCGCCGCAACCGCAGCCCCAGCCCGGCGCUGUCGCGCGAGAACGCCGAGAAGCUGGCGGCGAUCGUCGGCUUGCUUGCCGCGAAGCAUCGCGAGAAGCACGAGCGCGAGGGGCAGGCUCCGCCUGGUGGGGUUGGGGCUGGGCCCGGGGGCGCCGUUGGGGCUGGGGGGACCGACGCCCCCGAGCCAGGCGGGGUGCCUGUUUGCUGUGCGGAGCUGCCGAUUGAUGCGUCGGCUGAGUUGAGGAGGGAGUUCUGUGCGGUCACGAGGCGGAGGCAGCAGAGCUUGGACCAUGACCGGGUGCUGGCGGAGGUUAUGGCGCAGAUGGCUAGGUUGAAGAUGGAGGCCGAGGGGACAAAACCAGAGUCGGUGGUAGCGUUGGGGACGGGGACCAACCCCGCGGUUCAGGCUGUUGGGAGUGUGGGCUCCAGAUCGUCGACGGCGUCCACUGAGGGUGCAGUGGCAUCGAGUCUACCCGUGGGGAGCGCCAUUCCGGCCAGGCCGCCAAUGUUGGAUGAUGGCAUUUCCGGGAAGCCGUUUGUUCGGGUUGAGCCGACGUCGAGGUCGAACAGGACCUCUGGUACGGGCACUCCCGACGACAGGGCCGCCAAAACUGCGCUUCGCGAAAAGGCCAGAGGCGACAGUCGAGCGUCCACUCGUGGACGGCCUAUCGCGGAACGGUUGGAGUGUUCGGCUGAGGUGCCCGUGGGGAUUUCGAGGCUACACAUGGUCUCGCUGCCCGUGCUGCAGAUGAAGCCGAUUUACUGGUCUCCGGUAAAUGACAUUGCCACCGUGCUGAGAGCCACUUGGUUCUACAGAGACACUAUGGUGCCCGUAGAACCCGGUGUCGCGAAUCAGCUUGAAGCUGGCUAUCGCGAGCUUCGGCCAUGGACCGAAACCUGGGCCGAUGAGCUCAGGUCUGCUCUCGACGUCGGUCCGCUUGGCGAAGAGAAGGUGGCCCAUCGCCUCUGGCCAGAAGCGACGGACAAACGGUACAAGAGCAAAGAUGGCUUCCCCGCCGAGCCGCCAAUAUCAGCUGAUCCGUUUUGCGCUGCGAGGUGUUUCCGCGGGGAGGCCGCUGCUGAGGGAACUCUGGAACCCGUCCACCUGGAACAAGGCACGGCGCUGCCCCCUCCUGAGUCUAGGUUGUACGCCAGCUACUACGUCAUCUACAAGGACGGUUCGGCGGCCUUCCUCUUGAAACCCAGCCAAAAACCGUCCGCCUACUACGGCCGAAGACCUGUCUCCAAGAUCAUGAAGGGCGUGACGGUAGGAUUACCUGUCGUCCGUGGAUUUGACCGAGCUGGGUGGGAGCGGGUGCACGAUAAGCGGGCGGCUUCGCGAGCGAAGGACGUGAUAACGGGAACGCCAGCGCCGUCGCAGGCGCCGGCUGCCGGACAAGACGGGUGCCCGGGUUGUCAGCUAGAAAAAGACCGCGGACAAGUUACGGACCUGGUCCUCGUUGUCCAUGGGAUUGGGCAAAAAUUGUCUGAGCGAGUGGAGAGCUUUCACUUCACCCAUGCCGUCAGCGCUUUCCGGAGAGCUGUCAAUAUCGAGCUCGAGAGCCCCACUAUCAAAGCUCUCCUCCGGCCAGGGCAGAAUGGGAUUAUGGUCUUGCCCGUAAACUGGCGCCAUCUUCUCAGCUUCGAGGAGGGUGGCACAAGCGACGAGGGAGACAAGGAUGCCUACUCGCCGGAGGGCUUCACCCUGAAGGACAUCGAGCCCCCCACGAUCCCAGCGGUGCGCAGCAUGAUCUCCGACGUCAUGUUCGACGUUCCCUUCUACAUGUCCCGCCACAAGCCGAAGAUGAUAGCCGCGCUAGUUGGCGAGGCGAACCGCGUCUACCGGCUCUGGUGUCGCAACAACCCCGGCUUCGCCGAGAAAGGCCGCGUGCACCUCAUCGCACACUCUCUGGGCAGCGCCAUGGCCAUUGAAGUCCUCUCGAAACAGCCCACGCGCGUCCCGCGCCCACUGGACCUCUCCAGCCCCUCCCCAGACAACCGCUUCUUCGAGUUUGACACCACCAACCUCUUCCUCCUCGGCAGCCCCGCAGGCUUCUUCCUCCUCCUCGAGCGCGGCAGCCUGCUCCCGCGCCGCGGCCGGCUCAAACCGGGCGCCGACGCCGCCGACACCGUCGCCAAGGACGUGGUCGGCGAGGUCGGCACGUUCGGCUGCAUCGCCGUCGACAACAUCUACAACAUCCUCGCCAAGGAAGACCCCAUCGCCUACCUGCUGAACGGCACGAUCGACCCGGUCUACGCGGCCAGCCUAAAACCGGCCUACGUCCCGAGCACCAGCACGUCCUUCUUCAAGUCCGUCGGCGCCGCCGUGCGCGGCCUUACCGGCGCCGCGCCAUCGUCAUCCCUCACCACCGCAGGCGACGGCGCCUCGCGCAGGCCGCCCGCCGUCGCCCGCCUGCCGUCGCAGCUCGAGCUGGAGGUGCACGACUUCUCGCGCGAGGAGAUCGCCGAGAAGAAGGCGUUCCUGCUCAACGACAACGGCCAGGUCGACUACUUCCUGCGCUCCGGCGGCGGCCCGCUCGAGAUCCAGUACUUGAACAUGCUGAGCGCGCAUACCAGCUACUGGACCAACCAGGACCUGGUCCGGCUGCUGUGUCUCGAGAUCGGCCGGGUGCCCGGCCGGGAGCACGCGCUGGCGUCGAUGAGGGCCGUGAAGGUUAAGGGCCGGUUUGUGGGGCACUAA